AUGGGCUCCGAGCAAAACAACAGCACAAGCUUCCCACCAACAGAGCCAAAGCUCUGCGACAACGGAUGUGGAUUCUUCGGGUCACCAUCGAACAUGAACCUCUGUUCGAAAUGUUACAGAAGUCUCCGAGCAGAGGAAGACCAAACAGCAGUAGCCAAAGCUGCCGUCGAGAAAUCACUGAAGCUUCCAUCUUGCAGUCUCAUCACAACACCAGAAACAAAACAGCCUCUGCCUCCGGUACCGAAACCAGAAGCAUCUGUGGAAACAGUUGUUGUUUUAACCGCUGAGCCGUCUCCUGUUCCUGUUCCUGUAGCCGCCGACGAUGGAGAGCCGUCGAAACCUGCGAGACCGAACAACAGGUGUUUGAGCUGUAACAAGAAGGUUGGGGUAAUGGGGUUUAAGUGCAAAUGCGGAAGCACGUUUUGCGGGAGCCAUAGGUACCCGGAGAAGCACGAGUGUAGCUUCGAUUUCAAAGAAGUCGGGCGUGACGCGAUCGCAAAGGCGAAUCCGGUGAUUAAGGCGGAUAAAGUCCAGAGGAUUUGA